AUGUCUUCUACCGAUAUUUUAGUUGAAGAAACCCGCGAUCAUACUGACAACAUUGUUAUUCUUGAAGAAGAUCUUAUCAGUAAUUCUGGGGGACUUAAUGAAGAAAACAAUACUUUAGAAAACAUUCAAGAUAAUCCUAAGGAAGAUGGUUUUGAUUUUGUCGUUGAUGAAAAUGAGUUAGUUCCUGAAGAACCACUUCAUGAAGUAGUUCAUGAUGAAGAAGUCGAGGAUGAUGUGGAAGAUGGUGUUGUUGAAGGAGCUGUAACUGUUAUGAAUGUUAAUGGUGAAGAGGGUAUGCCAAAAGAUGUUAUUGUUUCAAAAGUAGUUAAGCCAACCGAAACACAAAAGACAGUUAAUGAAGAGGAUGAAAAAGUAAAAAGACCUGCCGAUUUUCCUGCGUAUGAAGAAAUUAGAAAGGCAAAAGAUAUGGAAAAUGAAGAUCCACGGGCUACAUAUGUUAGAGACCCAGAGGUUGUUAAAUCAGGAGAACCUGAUGAAGAUGACUGGGCAAGAAAACAUUCCAAAUCUGGAAAGAAAGUCAAUGAUCUAAUUGCACGUUUUAACAAUGGCGCUGUUUUCCAUGGUGAAAAAGACAACAAUAGAUCAGCUUACAAGUCAGAUUAUGGAGUUGGCAAAGGCCAAGGUCAUAUUAGACAAUCUGUCUUCCAAUAG